AUGACGACCUUUGCUCGACCGUCAUUGUUAGAUAAUCGUUAUGCUGCAAUAGCCGAAACGAGUGCUUAUACAUACGAUGAUGACCUUGUCAAUUAUGCCGAUUUUUUGAAAAACCAUGGUCGUUUUAUGACAAAAAAUGGGUAUGUUGAUUCAAAACGUCGUAUUCGCAGUUUGCAUCGUCAACAAGAAGAGUCAAUUUCGUCGAGUGCUGGUGUUGGAAGUUCAAAACUGCCCGGUUUAUUUGAAACAUUUGGUAAACAUUCUCUUUCCCGUAGCGCAGACAUCACACCGAGACAACGACUGACGACAGAUGGACAAUCAGCGAUAGCAAUAGCAACAAAUUUAGAACAAAAAAAGAAAGAAUUUGAUAAGCACAUGAGGUUGAUAGAGGAACAAAUGAUCAAAGCAAAACAAGUUGAAAGAGAAACAAAACGUCAAGAAGGAGAUAUUAAAAAAGAACAACGAUCAUUACAUCAUACCCUAAAAGAAUUAGCUGUUGAUUCGACUAAAAAACGUUUUGAUGCUGAAAAGAAUUUGUCAAAAAAUCUCGAAGAAAAAGACAAGAUCGAACGUGAGUUCGUGAAGAAACGAGAACAACAAACAAAACAGCGUACUGAACGUGUUGUUGACACUUUACAGUCAACAAAAGAUAAAGAUCGUAAAAAUGUGUUGGCAUGCAAUGAUCUUGCAAGACAAUAUCGGACUAAAGUGAAUGAACUUGAUAUCAAACAUAAAGAAUUAAAUCGGUUGCAUACGGAUUUUGAACAAAAAAUACAAAUGAAAGAGAUUGAAGAAAAUCGUAUAAAAAAAGAACUCGGUGAAAUAGCUUUAGCUUUGAAUAUGGAAGCACAAAAAACCAAAACAGAUUUAAAAGAAUUUCAGCAAUUGAUGAAUCGUGAUAAAAUAAUGGCGAUAAAAACAGAUUUAAAUGAAGAACAAAAACAUGAACAAAAAAUAAAUCAAACAAGUGUUCAUGUUAAAAAUUAUGAUCUUGAACGACGACGUUUAUCCGGUGAUAUUACGUUACACAAAUCAGCAUUGGAUUUAAAACAACGUGAAGCCGUUCGUCGUAUAGUUGAUACAAAAAAUCGUUUAGAGAAUAUUUAUGUUAAACAACGAGAAUUAAAUAAAGCUGCCUCAGUAGCUGAACAAGAUCGACGUGCAAUUGAACUGAUAACUAAAGUUGAGAAUGUAAACAAUCGGCGAAAUCAAUUGAUGAGUCAAUAUUUACGCGAUAAAACAGAAAAAUCAGAAGAAAAAGAAGUUUUGGGAAGUGAAAAAGCCAAAGUUAGCUAUAUCGAUCUAGAAACAAAACAACAUGAAGAUCAUUUAAAACAUUUUCAAAAAAUCAUGAAUAAAAAUGAAGAGCAAGAACAUGAUCUAUAUAAAAAUGUGAAAGAAGCUGAAUUUAGUCGACGAAAGAAAGAGCAAGAUGUUAAAAAGCUACAGGGUGAAUUAGUUAAAACGAAACGUGUUCAUGCCGAAAAGAUUAAAGGUGAAAUAUCGAAAGCAGAAAAAACGGAAAAAGAGAUAAAACAACAAUUAGUUAAAGAAAAAUCAAGAUUAGAUAAAUUACAUGCAAAACGUGAAGAUUCAUAUCUAAAAUUACUGCAUCAACGUGAACAUAUUCGUGAUAGUAAAUCAUUAUUAGAAACACAUGAAAAAGAGCAUGAAAGAUUAUUACGAGUUCAAGCAAGGUCUCAAUCAAUGCAGUUAUUGAAUACUGUUUAA